AUGUCGCAACACGAACCCGACUUGGCGUCGAAGCGGGGUGAAGAGCCGCUCGUUGAGGAAACCGAAUCCCAGGACGCCGAGAUUCUGCGCCAUCUUGGCUACAAGCCGGUGUUACAUCGAACCUACAACCUCUUCCACAAUUUUGCCACCACAUUUGCUGCGCUGUACUUCAUUGGUGGUGUGCGCGUAACGUUUAGUACCGGCAUUGCUGCGGGCGGAAACCUUGCUUAUUGGACGAGCUUCAUCGUUACCUGUGUCUUUACCUUCAUAACAGCAGCCGUUAUUGCCGAGACAUGCUCUUCCCUUCCAUUGGCUGGAUCCAUCUACCUGUGGGCUGCCGAGGCCGGCGGUCCUCGUUUCGGUAGACUAUUUGGCUUCGUUGUUGCUUGGUGGAGUACAACGGCAUGGACUACCUUCUGCGCCAGCAAUACCCAGGCAGCCGUCAACUACAUGCUUUCUGAAAUCGUCGUCUUCAACAUCGACUUCCCCUCGGAUGCAUCCGACGUCAAGUUCCGAGCAGUCCAAUGGAUCUGCACCGAGAUCAUGCUGGCCAUCGCCGCCAUCGCCAACCUCAUCCCUCGCAAGUGA